UCUCUUUGCCAGCAUUGCGACAUUCAAUAUAUUUGAAUGAUGCGCUUAGCGCCCAGUUAGCUUCUAGCAUUUCUCGACAGCUCUGCCUCCGACUGAAGACCUGCGCCGUAAAAUAAGGAGAAUGGCACCUAAUUACAAACUGAAGGACAACAGACUCUUCUACACUGGCCCCAGUAUGCAGUGCAUGCGCUUGGUAGUCAUGUCAGAGGAGGAGAAGAAGUCAGUUCUGAUGGAAUGCCACAAUAACCCUGGUACCGGGAAUCACAAUGGUGUUAGAGGUACCCGAAACAGGGUUGUUGCUGGCUAUUACUGGCCAACAUUGAACCAGGACAUCAGCGAAUGGGUCAGAUGCUGUCAUCGCUGCCAGAUGAAUGACCCAAUCAAGACUGUGGCACCAGCAUUACAUCCCAUCAAGGUAAAAGAACCUUGGGAGGUGCUGGGCAUGGAUUUAAUUGGACCACUCCCGGAAACACGUCUAGGGAACCGAUAUGUCCUGACAAUGACCGAUCUGUUCACUAAGUGGGUGAUUGCAGAACCUCUUAAAUCCAAGACUGCAGCUGAGGUCUCUGCAAUCAUGACCUCUAAGUUAUACACGUUUGGCAUGGUCAGGAAAAUCAUCACUGACCAAGGAAAGGAGUUUGUGAACCAGCUCAACAACAGCAUUUUCAGCAUGCUGAAUAUUAAACAUGCUGUCUCCAGUGCGUAUCACCCCCAGACCAACGGGCAGGAUGAGAGGACCAACCAGAACAUCAAGCGUGCUCUCAGAAAGUAUGUUAACCAGAACCAUGAUGACUGGGAUGUACACCUUGCUGCUGUGGUGUAUGGCAUCAACACUGCAAAACAGCACUCCACCCGCCACAGUCCCUAUUUCCUGCUCUUCCACCGACAUCCACGUCUUCCUGCUGUGAUGAACGCCUGUCCCAUGGACGAUGACUUUGAGGUUGCAAACCCUGAAGAGGACAUCGACACAAGAGUUGAGGAGAUGACAGUUCUGAAUGAAACGGUUCUUCACAACAUUGAGAGGGCACAGGACACCCAGAAGAAGACCUUUGGAACACGGAAAAGGAAGCAGGUAAGACAGUGUGUUGUUCAAGCAGGUGAUGAUGUUCUUUUGUCAGGUGAUCCAAAGAGACGACGCAUUGGAGAUGCUUUACUGAGCCAACACCAAGGACCGUACACUGUGGCCAGCAUCACGCCAAAGGGGGUGGCUACUAUUGUGAAGGGAGCAACUUGCCAGAAGGUAAACGUGUCCAGGCUGAGGAACUACCACAGAUCAAAAAAUCCACCAACUGAGAGGAAGUUUCUCCUGGACCACUCAUAUGGGACUCCUGAAUGGCAGAUUGAUCAUCAGUAUGCCAGUCCAGGAGCAAAGUGGCAGAAAGACUUGGAACCUCUUCAGUCCAGUCUGCUCGAAUAUGUCUUGGACCAAAACCGACCUCCAGGAGAACUCCUCGUGAAGGAAGGCAACAUCUGCCUGACUCGGGAAGACUUUUGGAGCCUGGGUUUGGAACACUCCAUGGAAUCUACUAUUGGGAAUGCUUGUCUGAAGAUUGUGGGGGAAGCUGCACAAAGACAUGGAAAAGAUGUUCACAUUGCUGACCUCUACGUCGUGGCCACCUGGAAGGAUCCACAAGUCAACCUGCUUCGUUGCUUGCCGGACAACUUUAGGUCCAAGGACAUCCUACUUUUUCCAGCUUGGAGCAGGCAGGCAGGUGAAGCUGACCAUUAUCUGCUCUGUGCUAUAUUGGUAGCUGAGAGACAGAUACUCUUUCUGGACUCACUUCGCCCUGAUGGUUUUGGAGAUGAUCUCUACCGAGCCAUAUUUAGGAGAGUAGCAGCCUUUAUUGACUCUGGAUCCUGGAUGGAGAAAACAGGAAGAGACCUUGAGUUCUUUCCCCAGCAGUGCAAUGGAAAUUGCUGCGGCAUCUUUAUGCUGAUGUAUGCUCUCUGCAUCAGCACCUCAUCUCCACUAUCUUUCACAGAGGAGGACAUGCCAGCAAUUCGCCUGUGGUGGUGUAUUCAGCUGAUGGAGAGAUUCUGCAUUGAGGGCCAUGGACAGAGAUUCGCCUUCUGGACAGAAGAAGCAUCCCUUCUCCUCCAGGGAACUCUCCAGCCUGUCUUCAGGGUACCAAAGGCAACCUCCUCCAAGCCUUCACCAAGUCUAAUCAGACAGGCUGACGCUGACAGGUGCCCUAUACUGGAGUUACCAGCAUGUGUCCUCAUCGACAUAUUGGAAGAGGUUGUUCUACACGAAGGGGAUACAGCCAUCUUCAAACUGGCUCUGGUGUGCUCCAUGUUCAGAGACCUUGUGUCUACUGAAUAUUUCAGAAGACGAGCACACUUCAAGUGGCUUCACAGCGUCUGCACAUGGAGCAGCUUCUCAGAAAAGUACAAAGAACAGUACUUUAACAUGUACACAAUUGAGAUCUGCCUUCAAUGUGGAGAUCAGUACAAACACUGCCCCCGAGGAUAUGUUGGCACAGGUAAAAGAGGACAACUACGGGCAUUUUAUUCGGAGGAGAUGCGCCCAGGCUACUGCAGCCACAUUUGCAUGCAACUGGACAACUAAUGUGUCUGCACUGUUCACCUACACCUACACACACACACACACACACACACACACACACACACACACACACACUGGUUUUAGUGAAAGGGUUCCCCAUUUGUGGUUUCCCCACAUGUUGGUUCGUGUUCUGAUACCUGUUUUCAUUUGUGACAGUUUUUGCUAACUCUUGUGUUAUUGGUUAUCACCGAUUUCUUUUUAUUGUUUAUUUAAUUUCUUUUGCCCUCUGUGGCCUGGCCACGGUGGAAUUCUUUGUUACUGCGUACUAGCCAAGAAGUCAUAAUGACCUGUGUUUGGUUUAAUGUUAUUUAAUUUAGUUCCUUAAAUUAUAUUUCUGAAAUAAAUCUGGGUUUUAACACAUCCUCUCUACUUGUAUCUGUUGUUCAUGUUCUUGAAAUCUGUGGUUUGUUUUCAGUAUUGUUACAGUAAACCUGUGAAAAUUA